AUGGCAAAACAGUCCAAGAGUCCCACUCCUCCCAGUUCAGAAAAUGACGAGGAGAAUGGCGAAGAGAAAAUUCAUCAUGAAUUACCGAGAGGCAACACACCUCCCCGGUCCCCAACUUCAACAAACUAUCUUCAUGACAAACUUCCUACACCACCUCCAUCACUGAAACAGACAGUUUCAGUUUCGGUUGCUCCUAUUCCCCUACCUACCACAUCUCAAACACCAACUUCAACAACAUCCUUACCACCACCACCAAUUACUUCUGUUUCUAUAUCCACAACCCCCUUACCACCUCCCAUUAUUUCCCAAUCAACUACCACUACCAUACCUGAACCGACAGUAGAAGUCAACCUAUCUGAUACGGGGGAAACUAUUGUAACUGAACCUCCAGUUACUUCUAAACCUCUUUCUCCCAACCACUCAACUGAUUCCGGUGCCACUCUCGGUGGUGCUAAUGAUGAGUUUGAUUCUACAUACUACAGUCCCUAUAGGCUUCCUACCGAUGAAGAUGAUGUUGCUCCCAUCACAAGCCAACACUUGCAGACCAUUAAUGAGAAACUGGACAAACUUCUUGAUGACAACAAAUCCUAUAGUGGCGUUGUACUAAAAGCCUUUUUGGAAACUGCUCUUGAACAAUACACAGAGUCCAUUGAAAAAUCCACACAAUCUGUUACUGACUCUUCUUCUUCUUGCAAGAAGGCCACUGCUGAUGUUGCAGAGGUUGUACAUACAACUCAAAUAUUUCUUAAGUCACUCAAGGGGCAUGCGGAUACAAAUGCGGCCAAGGUACAAGCCUCUGUGGAUUCAUUCUCCAAGUCUCUUCAAGAGGAGUAA